AAGCGCGCCAUUUUUGCUACCUAGGGUUUGCCCUUCCCCCCUUCUCCGCCCCUCGCCUCACCACCUGCACCCCAGAGAUCCAUGGCGGGGGAGACCAAGGAGCAACAGGACGCCGCCCAGGGGUAUGUCGCCGCCAAGCCUAAGCCUAAGCCUGCCGUUGCUGCGGAUGCGCCGGCGGCGCCCAUGACGGAGGCGGAGGUGGAGGAGCUCCCCAAGACCAUCGUGCGGCGGCUGGUCAAGGACAAGCUCGCGCAGAUCGCCGGCGCCGGCGCCGACGGCGAAGGAGGGGCGGAGGUCAUCGUCAACAAGGACGCCAUGGCCGCCUUCUCCGAGAGCGCCCGCAUCUUCAUCCACUACCUCUCCGCCACUGCCAACGAUAUGUGCAAGGACGCAAAGAGGCAGACAAUCAAUGCUGAGGAUGUCUUCAAGGCGCUCGAUGAGAUCGACUUCCCAGAGUUCGUAGAGCCCCUCAGGACUUCCUUGGAAGAGUUCAGAACCAAAAACGCUGCCCGGAAGCCAGCAACGGCCAAAAAGCAAACUGAGAAGAAAAGGAAAUUGGAUAAUGAGCCAGCUCCUCAAGAUGAGCAAAACGGUGCAGCUGAUGAAGCCAACCCCAACGCCGAUGAGGAUUAGUAUUCGACCUUGGUGAUAGGCUGGAUCUGAAUUACUACAUUAGUGUGUCUGCUUUCUUACCAGUAUGCCCCUUGUGCUAUGUAUGGCCACGUCCCUACGUGCAAAACUGUUGUCUACUAGAGAUCGUGAUGUAUAACUCAUGUUUCUGUUCCAAACAUUGUUGGUUAUGCUAGCUCAAAUGGUGAACCUUGUUCUUGUGCUAUUUAAAUUACCACCUCAUGGGAAGCACCUUUUUGGGGUUCAUGGUAGCACAUGAAUAAUUUGAUUGGAGUAGUGUUCUAUGCAAA